AUGUCUCUGAAGGCAACACUUAUUGUAUACUUGUGUCCAGCGGUGGUCACUUCCUUCCCAGAUGAUUUAAAAUACUGCCACUUAGCUGUUGUUGACCUGACCGCCUCCUCGACGCUGACCUGUGCUUCCCUGUGUCUCCAGUACUCGGGGUGUCGGCUCUACUGCCUCAAGGGUAAUAAGUGUAAUGUGUUCAGCGCUCAGGUGUCUGUUCAUUGGAGAGGACAAGGUGGACCUUCAACUCACCUGUACGACAAGUGCUACUCGAGCUGGCACGUCAACAACUCUCUCACACACCACAUCGUGAGCGUCUCCUCCUCGGCCGAGUUUGGUAUACAACGUCUUGCAAAAUACGCCGUCAGUGGUUUCUUCUGCAACGCCACCAACUACUUUUGCUUCACCUCCGGACAUGAUUUUAAUUCCUGGUGGAGGGCCGACCUGGGCCAGCCACUUCGAGUGUCCUCCAUCUUGGUUCAGACGAGGCGGGAUAACUUCACUGAGUCACUGUUCCUCGGCGUCACUGUCUAUCUGGGUAACUCAAGUAACUAUGUGGAUAACCCAGUAUUCGACGUCUUCCCAGGGUCAGCUCCGCCCUGGGGGAUGUUGGUGACCUUCAAGCCCUCCCAGCCUGUGACGGGUCGCUACCUCCUCUUACACGCCCCCAACUGCCAAUUCUUGACCAUCUGUGACGUGCAGUUACUAGGAUAAGAUAGUGAAGCUCCUGGAGGUUAUAACUUAUAGUCUAACCUAAGAUACCUAACCUAACCUAACCUGACCUAUCCCAA